GCAAAUGGUAAUGAUAAGAGACGGCUAAGCAACAUUAUUAGCAUCAACGAGUAUCAACGAAGGGUGAUUUUACUAUCAUACACUGCGCUGUACGGUAAGGAGUGCUGCGUGCUGUUGGGCUUUAUACUUUCAUCCGAGCGUUGCAAUAACGGAACCGAGAGACGUAUUUGUCACCUUGCAGUUUCCAAGCAGUGCGGAAAUUGUCGUAAAACUGUGUACUGUGGAGUGUGUGUUCGUGCAUACACAUGGUUUAGAACCUCUUUACAGUAUUAACUGGUUAUUGGAAUAGUUCUUUGUGUUUGACCGAUGAGUCAACAAUAGGCACAAAUGUAUAAUCUACUGUUGCUAAGAACCGGAACGAAAACAUACAUUAAAAGAUUAGAACUGUGGAAUUGUUUUUAACUCAAGGUAACACACAGAGCAAAGGUAGAACUUUAUCCGUUGGAUGAGAAGUGUUUUUUUAGUUAAAUGUGAUAUUAUCUGGCCUAAAAUGGAUGACAAUGAAAGUAGAAGUGAAGAAAUCUCGGUCGUAGAUCCCGUGAUGGAACGAACGCCUCCGGUAAUGGAACGGAAGUAUCGAUAUGUAAUACUUGAACCAGCUGUGCUGCUGAUAUUCUUCGCCUGGAAUGUUGCGUCUGCUGUCUUCGCAAACCAAAUCGUGUACCAAACGUGUACCGCUGCCUUCGGUAAGAAUGAAUCGCUGUGCGAUCAACUUGGUACGGAAAACGAAACGGAAGAGAUCCAGGAGCUGGAAAAGACGGUCCAACCAUACGCGGCUAACAUCAUGAUGGCAAAAUCGUUGGUGGAAUCGAUCGUGCCGGCAUUGUGCAGCAUGUUCAUUGGCCCAUGGUCGGAUCGAUUCGGGCGGAAACCGGUGCUACUUUCUUGUUAUACGGGUGCAUUUUUAACCUACGCUAUUGUCGCGCUGAUUAGCUACCUUUCCAUGUACUACACGAUCAACCCGUGGUACUAUGUGUUGGCCUCGAUCACGACGGCACUGUCCGGUGGAACCUGUGCGCUGAUUACCGGGGUGUUUUGUUACAUUGCCGAUGUAACUCAGGAGAAAAAUCGCGCUACAAAAAUGGCUAUCGUAGAAGCGGCUGUAUUUAGCGGACUGUUGGCGGGUACCUUGAGCAGCAGCUAUAUUCUCCGCUGGACAAAUGGUGCCACCGUGUUUACAAUUGCAGCAGCGUCAGUGCUUCUAGGAUUGCUGUACAUUAUAUUUUACAUCGAGGAAAGCAUAAAACCGAAUGAACUGAGUGAAACGAACAGCAAAUUACGGGAACUGUUCCGGCUGGAUUUAGUUUCCGAGCUUAUGCAGACGUGCUUUAAGCGACGACCGAAUUACGAUCGCUUGAUCAUUUGGCUGGUAAUUUUGGCACUCGGAGCUAACAUCUUCGCUAUGGAUGGGUCGCAGACGGUGUUUCUGCUCUUCUUGCGAGAACGGUUCGAUUGGACAGUGAAAGACUAUUCGUUUUACGAUGCAAGCAGCAUUGUUUUCAUGAUUUUUGGCAACACGGUCGGUUUGUACGUUAUACGGAAGCUUUUCAACUUAUCCGUCACUAUGCUUGCCGCCCUUGGGUUUUGCUUCUAUGCGAUCAACAGCUCAUUUCACGGACUGGCGUCCGAACCGUGGCAAAUGUACAUGGGUGCAGCGAUUUGCUUUAUGAAAGGAAUUGCGGGUCCUAUGAGUAGGACCGUUAUCACAAAUACUGCACCUCCAAAUGAUAUUGGAAAGAUUUUCUCGCUGACAACAUCGAUCGAAUCGAUAACUCCGCUGUUCUCAGCACCCCUGUACACCUUCGUGUACAAGGGUACUUUGUCGUGGUAUCCGGGCGCAUUUAAUUUAAUCACUGCCGCCGUCUACUUUACCUGUUCGUGCCUAAUGAUAUUUGCAAGAAUUUUCCAAAGUAUGUAUCAAACCACUACAUACACAUCAAUUAAUUAACUAGACAUUAUAGAUAUUGUACAACACAGCUCUAUCAGUUCUAACAAACUCACGGGAUAUGGUACCACUUACACGCAUCUGUUAAGAUAUUUGGAAUGUGAUAAAU